AUGCGAAGUAGUACAACGAAACUUCUAGUCGUCCUCUCAACAUGGGCGUUUAUCGGCGUCCAGGCGUUGGAUGUGGUGUAUCCUACAGCGCCGGUCGUGUUUGAGUAAGUUGGGGGCACUUCGGCGUUCGCGCUGGUCGACGCUUGCGCUUGCGGGCUCGGAUUCGGGUUCCGCCGGAAGUAGCGCGAGCAAGGCAUCGGUGUGGCGAGGGCCCCGCUUGGCAGUCAUGCGAUGUCAAAACAUAGGAUCAUCUCCUGUGCUUCGAAGCACCACGCGAGCCCCAGCCAAUAGCCCCCCUGUUCGGCUUCACCGUUGCCCCCGUUCACGCAUUAACCCUCCCUGCCUUGUCAACGUGGCAGUCAAUCCGGCGCAAUCGAGAACCGAAUAGUCUGGUCGCUCACCCCCUUGACGAACCCACCCCCAGCGACCAACUUUUUCGACAUUUGGAUGCGUAACGGGAUAGGGGAGAUUUACCCCGAUGCCUUGAACGUGAGUAUAUUCGCGUCCGAACUUGCAGUGGCACGACGUUUCGAAAAACUCUCCCCGACCAGAAUCCUAACCGCUCACACGCCCCGUGACAAUUCCCAGGUCUCGAUCGCCUCCAACCUCGACAUGACUAAUCCCAACAUGACCUACGUCUGGCCCGACGCAGCCAAAUACGUCCCAGGACCAGGGUACCAACUCUUCUUCUCCGCACCGGGGAACGCGAGUUUGGUUUAUUGCGAUUCCAAAGUAUUCUCCAUCGGGAGUACGACCUACAACGCUUCGCAUACGACGUACACGGGUCCGUUCGUGGCAUUACAACCGUCGAGUACGUCGCCUGCUUCGGCGACUGAGCCUGCAACGGAAACGAUGACGGGGUCGGCAGCUACUAGUGCGGCGGUGAUGUUGACGACGACGUCGAGUGCUGCGCAAGCGGUCGAAACCACAACCGUGACCAAUACCCUCUCCGCCUCCCCCACCCCAACAACUGUCAGUGAUUCGUCCUUCAUCACUUCCGUAAUUCCCGCCUCGGCCAAACCGACAGCAACCCCAGCGACGGCAAGUGUCGUUCUCGCGAAUUCGAAACCUUCUUCUUCUUCCGGACCUGUGGCAACGGAUUACGCGGGACCGGCGGGACAGGGCUUCAACCUUUUGUCCUCUUCCGGUAUGAUUUUGAAUGUACGACGAGCGGGAAUGGGUUUGGUGGUUGUGGCGACGACGGUAUUUAUCGUCGCUUGA